GACUCAGCUGUUAAUUGACCAAAAUACCCCUGUUAAUUAACUAAACGUAACACACAUCCCGAAGAUGGAUCUGAGUCUGCAGCUGCAGGUUCACGGCGCGUUAAUCAAAGGCCCGUCGUGUCCUUCUUAUUGGGCUUCUUCUUCUUCUUCGUCACUCUCUCUUCCUCGUGAUUUCAUUUCUUCUUCUCGGUUUCUUCUUCAUCGAAGACUCAGAAGAAGCUGCUCUCGUUCUCGUGGAAUUCGAUUAAGACGGCGUGGUUUCUCGGCGAUGCCUUGUUCUUCUUCUGAUACUCUUACGGCUUCUCGCGUCGGUUGUGGCGGAGGAGGUGGUGGUGGUGGCGGUGGAGCUGAUAAUGCUUCUGUCGCUAAUUUCAAGCUCAACGAAUCUACUUUCCUUGCUUCUCUUAUGCCUAAGAAAGAAAUCCGUGCGGAUCGCUUCAUCGAAGCUCAUCCUGAGUACGACGGUCGUGGUGUAGUCAUCGCUAUCUUUGAUUCUGGUUUUGAUCCUUCUGCUGCUGGCUUGCAUGUAACUUCUGAUGGAAAACCCAAGGUUUUGGACGUCAUUGACUGCACUGGAAGUGGAGAUAUAGAUACAUCCACAGUGGUGAAAGCCAAUGAAGAUGGUCAUAUUCGUGGAGCAUCAGGGGCACCUUUGGUUGUCAAUUCUUCAUGGAAAAAUCCCACUGGAGAGUGGCGUGUAGGUUUCAAGUUGGUUUAUCAGUUAUUUACAGAUGACUUAACUUCUCGUGUGAAGAAAGAGAGAAGAAAAUCUUGGGAUGAAAAGAAUCAGGAAGAAAUUGCAAAGGCUGUAAACAAUCUAUAUGAUUUCGAUCAGAAGCACAGCAAGGUGGAAGAUGCGAAAUUGAAGAAAACCCGUGAAGACCUCCAAAGCAAAGUUGAUUUUCUGAAAAAACAAGCUGAUAAAUAUGAAGACAAAGGGCCUGUUAUUGAUGCUGUUGUGUGGCAUGAUGGAGAAGUAUGGAGGGUUGCACUUGAUACACAGAGUCUGGAAGAGGAUCCAGAUAGCGGGAAACUAGCAGACUUCUCCCCCCUGACUAACUACCGAAUUGAGCGGAAGUAUGGCGUGUUUAGCCGACUAGAUGCAUGCUCCUUUGUUGCUAACGUGUAUGAUGAGGGGAAGGUUCUAAGCAUUGUAACUGAUAGUUCUCCUCAUGGCACUCAUGUUGCUGGAAUAGCUACUGCACACCACCCUGAGGAGCAUUUGUUAAAUGGUGUGGCACCUGGUGCACAGAUAAUAUCUUGCAAAAUUGGAGACUCGCGAUUAGGUUCAAUGGAGACUGGAACUGGAUUGAGUCGGGCAUUGAUAGCUGCCCUGGAGCAUAACUGUGAUCUUGUCAACAUGAGCUAUGGAGAGCCAGCAUUACUUCCAGACUAUGGGCGCUUUGUUGAUCUUGUUACUGAAGCUGUGAACAAGAGACGCCUAAUAUUUGUAAGUAGUGCUGGCAACAGUGGUCCAGCUUUGACAACGCCGGUGCCCAUUCAGUGGUGGAAGCCUCCCAGUGAGGGGCUUGAAUACACUUGGUCAAGCCGGGGGCCAACAUCUGAUGGGGAUCUUGGUGUCUGCAUAAGUGCACCUGGUGGGGCUGUUGCUCCUGUUCCUACAUGGACGCUUCAAAGACGCAUGCUCAUGAAUGGAACAUCAAUGGCAUCUCCUUCUGCCUGUGGAGCAAUUGCGUUACUUCUAAGUGCUAUGAAGGCUGAGGGCAUCCCAGUUAGCCCGUACAGUGUGAGAAGGGCCCUUGAGAAUACAUCUACACCUGUAGGUGAUCUACCUGAAGAUAAACUAACUACUGGACAAGGGCUUAUGCAAGUUGAUAAGGCAUAUGAAUACUUAAAAAAGUUUCAGGACUAUCCAUGCGUAUUUUAUCAGAUAAAGGUCAAUCUCUCCGGGAAAACAAUUCCAACAUCACGGGGCAUCUACCUGCGGGAGGGUACUGCUUGCAGACAGUCUACUGAGUGGACGGUACAAGUUGAUCCAAAGUUCCAUGAAGGUGCAAGUAAUUUAAAGGAACUUGUCCCUUUUGAGGAAUGUCUUGAGUUGCACUCCACAGAUGAAGGAGUUGUACGGGUUCCUGACUAUCUCCUUCUCACUCAUAACGGACGUAGCUUCAACGUUGUUGUGGAUCCCACAAAUCUUGGUGAUGGUGUGCAUUACUUUGAAGUUUAUGGGAUUGAUUGCAAAGCACCAGAGCGUGGUCCUCUUUUCAGAAUCCCAGUAACAAUAAUAAUUCCCAAGACUGUGGCAAAUCGACCUCCUGUUAUCUCAUUUCAGCAAAUGUCUUUCAUCUCAGGCCACAUUGAACGAAGAUAUAUUGAGGUACCACAAGGAGCAACAUGGGCUGAGGCUACAAUGCGAACUUCGGGGUUUGAUACUACACGACGAUUUUAUAUUGAUACACUUCAGCUUUGCCCAUUGCGAAGGCCUAUCAAGUGGGAGAGCGCAUCAACUUUCGCAUCUCCGUCUGCGAAAAGCUUUGCGUUUCCUGUGGUUAGUGGUCAAACGAUGGAACUAGCUAUAGCUCAAUUCUGGUCAAGUGGCCUUGGAAGUCGUGAACCAACUAUCGUUGACUUUGAGAUUGAAUUCCAUGGAGUAGGUGUCGAUAAAGAAGAAUUGUUACUUGAUGGAAGUGAAGCACCAAUAAAAGUUGAAGCUGAAGCACUAUUGGCAUCUGAAAAACUUGUUCCCAUAGCUGUCCUUAACAAGAUAAGAGUCCCGUAUCAACCUAUUGAUGCACAACUGAAGACUCUAUCAACUGGCCGUGAUAGACUACUGUCGGGCAAACAGAUACUAGCAUUGACCUUAACCUACAAGUUCAAAUUAGAAGAUUCAGCUGAAGUAAAACCGUAUAUACCAUUAUUGAACAAUCGCAUAUAUGACACAAAAUUUGAGUCCCAGUUUUAUAUGAUCUCUGAUGCCAACAAGCGUGUAUAUGCCAUGGGUGAUGUUUAUCCUGAGUCUUCUAAACUUCCCAAGGGAGAAUAUAAACUGCAGCUGUAUCUGAGGCAUGAAAAUGUGCAGCUGCUGGAAAAGUUGAAGCAGCUCAUUUUGUUUAUUGAAAGAAAUAUGGGGGAGAUUCGGCUGAAUUUACAUUCUGAACCAGAUGGUCCGUUCACAGGAAAUGGUGCCUUUAAGUCCUCUAUUCUAAUGCCAGGGGUGAAGGAAGCGUUUUAUCUGGGCCCACCAACAAAAGACAAGUUACCCAAGAAUACUCCCCAAGGAUCUGUGUUGGUGGGAGAAAUCUCAUAUGGCAAAUUGUCAUUUGAUGAUAAAGAAGGGAAGAAUCCAAAGGAUAAUCCUGUAUCUUAUCCGAUAUCAUAUGUGGUUCCACCAAAUAAGCCUGAGGAAGAUAAAAAGGCAGCUUCUGCUCCAGAUAGCUCUAAAUCAGUAUCAGAACGCUUGGAACAAGAGGUUCGUGAUACAAAAAUCAAAUUUCUUGGGAACCUAAAACAAGAAACUGAGGAAGAGCGUUCAGAGUGGAAAAAGUUGUGUGCCUGUCUCAAGUCUGAAUACCCAAACUACACUCCAUUACUAGCUAAGAUCCUGGAAGGUUUACUGUCUCGAUCUGAUGCUGGGGACAAAAUCAGCCAUCACGAAGAGAUUAUAGAAGCUGCAAACGAAGUAAUACGCAGUGUUAAUGUAGAUGAGUUAGCAAGAUUCUUGCUAGACAAAACUGAACCAGAAGAUGCUGAAGCAGAGAAAUUGAAGAAAAAAAUGGAGAUGACACGUGAUCAACUGGCAGAUGCACUAUACCAGAAAGGGUUAGCCAUGGCGAGAAUCGAGAAUCUGAAAGGUGAGAAGGGAGAUGAAGGAGAAGAAGAAAGUAGUCAGAGGGAUAAAUUCGAAGAAAACUUCAAAGAACUGACAAAAUGGGUAGACGUGAAAUCAUCUAAAUAUGGUACUCUCACUGUUCUAAGAGAGAAACGGCUCUCACGACUCGGGACUGCAUUGAAGGUACUUGAUGACUUGAUCCAAAACGAGAGCGAGACUGCGAAUAAGAAACUGUACGAACUGAAACUGGGUUUGCUGGAGGAAUUAGGUUGGAGCCAUUUGGUUACGUAUGAGAAGCAAUGGAUGCAGGUUCGUUUCCCUACAAGCUUACCCCUCUUUUAGUAGUUGUUGCUACCUUCUUGUUCAAUAAAAGUGCUACGUUCUUGUUCAAUAAAAGCUUGUCCAGAACAUUUAGUUCGUUGUUUUUCUAAAACCCAAACUACUGUUUUAUUUUCUGUCCUUAGAAACUGUAUGUUCUUGUCUAUUGAUAUAAUUUUCAGUUGUGAAUCAAUAAAAUUAUAGUUCAAUU